AUGUGUAAUAUGGGGAGUGUAGGCAUGGGCAACAUGGGCAAAAUGGGCAAUAUGAUGAAUGUAGAAAAUAUAAGAAAUGUGGACAACAUAGACAAUAUGGGGAGUGUGGACAUAGGCAACAUGGGCAACUUAGGCACCAUUAGCAACAUGGUUUGUCUGUCCGUUACGCCGCUGGGAGAGGGAGAGAGGCGCAAGCGACGCAAUCUACCGGCCAGCGCCCGACGUUCGGCGUCCAGCGUCGGGCUUCCGGUGUUCGGUGUUCGGUGUUCGGUGUUCGGUGGUAGAGACGGCGAAGAGCGGGACUGGAGGCCCAUUUUGUAUCAAAAGGAGAAACGAGACGAGGCACAAUUGCAAGCAGAUGGGGCGGGGUGUGCAAAUGGCAACGAAGGCGCCCCAGCAAUUGUUCUUUGCUCGAAGCCGGCCACCACCGGCGGCGUUAGCAACGCGUAUUGCGCGCGCUUUCCAUUCGCCUGCGCCUCUAGCCUGUGGACAGCCAUUCACAUGUCAGUUCAGCUUCCCCCGGGGGCCAGGACGACAGCGCCUUCAGGCAGGUGGGCUGAGCCCGGGCUCGCUGAUCAGGUCGAGCCCGAGCUGUACGCAGGCUGGGCGCAUGGGGAGGCAUGGAUGCACCGACGGACGAACGGUUUUGGGGGUGCCGCGAGUCGAAUUAUAGACAAAGUGGAGGUGCCUUUGAUGGCCAGUUGCCAUGGCGCUGGAGACUGGGCGUAUCGGCCUGACAAUUGGGUACUCUACUCGACCGGUAUUUGA